AUGCAAAUCUUCGUGAAAACACUGACUGGAAAAACGAUCACUCUUGAAGUGGAGGCUUCAGACACAAUUGAAAAUGUUAAAGCAAAAAUACAAGACAAAGAGGGUAUUCCGCCAGACCAGCAGCGCCUUAUAUUUGCAGGUAAGCAGUUGGAAGAUGGGCGUACUUUGUCAGAUUAUAAUAUUCAGAAGGAGUCGACAUUGCAUCUGGUUCUGCGAUUGAGGGGUGGUAUGCAAAUCUUUGUUAAAACUCUUACCGGUAAAACAAUCACAUUGGAAGUGGAAGCAUCUGACACCAUCGAGAAUGUUAAGGCAAAAAUCCAGGACAAGGAGGGAAUUCCACCAGACCAGCAGCGAUUGAUCUUCGCGGGUAAACAAUUGGAAGAUGGUCGUACCUUGUCUGAUUAUAAUAUCCAAAAGGAGUCUACACUUCACCUUGUACUUCGCCUCCGAGGUGGCAUGCAAAUUUUUGUAAAAACAUUGACGGGCAAGACGAUCACCUUAGAAGUUGAGGCUUCUGACACAAUCGAAAAUGUAAAGGCCAAGAUUCAGGAUAAAGAAGGGAUCCCUCCGGAUCAGCAGCGCCUUAUUUUUGCUGGAAAGCAACUGGAAGAUGGUCGCACGCUUUCUGAUUAUAACAUCCAGAAGGAAUCUACUUUGCAUCUGGUGCUUAGACUGCGCGGAGGAAUGCAGAUUUUUGUAAAGACUUUGACGGGUAAAACCAUAACACUCGAAGUGGAGGCUUCUGAUACUAUCGAAAAUGUCAAAGCAAAGAUUCAAGACAAGGAAGGCAUUCCACCAGAUCAGCAGCGACUGAUCUUUGCGGGCAAGCAGCUGGAGGACGGUCGCACAUUGUCUGAUUAUAAUAUUCAGAAGGAAUCGACGCUGCACCUGGUUCUUCGCCUUCGUGGUGGAUACUGA